AUGGCUCUUUCGAAAGGUGCCGGUGAAGCACCGUUAAGAACAAAGACUCACACAAUUGCAGGCGCAUCAGAAGCCGACAUCGCCACAAACAAAGCCCUCCUUUUCCACGCCGAGGCUGCGCGGCUGGCGAAAUCAUGGCUCCGCGGCACAACAACCACCGGUGACGGGCGUGACGAGGACGAAAAGGAGGACCAAGCCGAAGAAGAUCUCGAAAGGGAAUUCCUGCGGAACAAAGACCUCUACUCCGAGACGGGAGGUAUAGGAUACCACCCUCCCACAGAAUCCACCUCGUCGACUGCCGCGACGCCGGGCUUCACUGAUCCCGCGACGACGUUCUUGAGGAAGCAAUUGCUGCGCGGCCACCAACGCGGAGGACGAGCCACAACUGGCAAUGCACACAACCACAGUGCCGGAGGCGCUCGACCGAGACCACAGAUACAGGCAUCCAGGCGGGUAAAGGGUGAGGAGGUCUCGGACGAAGAAGAAUCCCGCUCGAAAGGCGUGGGAAAGAGGAAACGGAAAGGCAAUAUCGUGCAAGCAGCGGUCGAGAGUGAUGACGCCGCGGCCGCAAAAUCGGCACCGCAGACAGACCAGAUGGAGACGGAACAUUUGUCUGAAAAAGCCGGCGCGAUUUCUACUCCCAGUCAGUCGCAUGGAGGAGAAACUGACCGCACUGUCCAUGCACCAGAACCCAGCACCACCCCAGCGAUACCGCCGAAAACAAGCAGGAAACGUGGUGCAGGCAGUUAUCUAGACGAGCUCCUCGCCUCACGAGCCGCGAAGAAACAGAAGAAGAAAAACAAGCAUAAAGGCAAGAGCCUUGCCGAGUCCGAACCGGGAUAG